AUGACCACCAACAUCAGCAACGGUAAAAAAUUGAUUGUCCAUUUGCUUGACUGCUCCCAGAUCGAGGUCCCAAUCAAUAACAAGCUUUCAGUUGAUGAUGUACUUCAGUGCGUGGCCUCCAAUCUUUCUCUCACAGAUACUAAAUAUUUUGGUUUAUGUUAUCACAACGAAGAUAGCAACAAUAACAACAACAACUACUACAACAACAACUACAACGGUAACUCAUGUUUGAAUCAGAUCGUCAAUAGGAACUACACAGACAUAUGCAACAUAUCAGAUUUGAUGGUUAUUCAGCAGUUUUAUCUGCAUGCAAAGAAACUUCUUGCACAACUCCCAAUCAGCUUGUGA